UAUUCUCCCUCACUGCAGAGAGACAGACGGACUGAAAAACAGACGAUCAGAUUCACCUUCAAACCAAACUAACAACUUCCUCUGAGUUCAGCUACAGGAGAGAAAAGUGGAAACUACAACACUGCUGCUUCAACCUGCGGACCCUCCACCCCCUGAAGUUUGUUAUUCUCCCUCACUGCAGAGAGACAUACGGACUGAAAAACAGACGAUCAGAUUCAUCUUCAGACCAAACUAACAACUUCCUCUGAGUUCAGCUACAGGAGAGAAAAAUGGAAACUACAACACUGCUGCUUCAACCUGCGAACCCUCCACCCCCUGAAGCUUCACUCAGAGACAACAUGGCUUCCAGGUUAGAGGAAGAUCUCUGCUGUCCGGUCUGUCAGGACGUCUUUAGAGAUCCUGUUCUUCUGUCCUGUAGCCACAGCUUCUGUAAAGCCUGUCUGCAGACCUGGUGGGAUGGGAAAGAAGUAAAGGAGUGUCCAGUUUGUAAGAGAAAAUCCUCCAAAGAUGAACCUCCCUGUAACCUGGUGUUGAAGAACCUGUGUGAGACCUUCUUACAGGAGAGAGACCAGAGACCUCCAGAGGCUCUCUGCAGUCUGCACUCUGAGAAACUCAGACUCUUCUGUCUGGACCAUCAGCAGCCAGUGUGUCUCGUCUGCAGAGAUUCAAAAGCACACACCAACCACAGCUUCAGACCCAUCGAUGAAGCUGCUCAGGAUCUCAGAGAGGAGCUCCAGAAAUCUCUGCAGCCCUUUCAGGAGAAACUGAAGCUCUUUGAAGAAGUUAAAGUGAAGUUUGAUCAAACAGCAGGACACAUGAAGGUCCAGGCUCAACACACAGAGACGCAGAUAAAGGAGCAGUUUCAGAAGCUUCACCAGUUUCUAGAAGAGGAAGAGGAGGCCAGGAUGGCUGCACUGAGGGAGGAAGAGGAGCAGAAGAGGAGGAUGGUGGAGGAGGAGAUGGAGGCUGUGAGCAGAGAGAUAGCAGCUCUUUCACACACAGUCAGAGCCACAGAGGAGGAGCUGAGCACUGAAGACGUCUCCUUCCUGCACAACUACAAGGCUGCAGUGGAGAGGCUGCAGCGCCCCCUGCUGGAGGAUCCACAGCUGCCCUCAGGAGCUCUGAUAGACCAGGCCAAACACCUGGGCAACCUCAGCUUCAACAUCUGGAGCAAGAUGAAGGACAUGGUGUCCUACUCUCCUCUCAUCCUGGACCCAAACACUGUUCAUCGAAACCUCAUCCUGUCUGAUGAUCUGACCAGUGUGAGUGAAGGAGGAAGAGAGAGACAGAAACCUCCUGAUAAUCCAGAGAGGUUUAAUUAUUACCGCUCUGUCCUGGGAUCUGAGGGCUUUAACUCAGGGACUCACAGCUGGGAUGUCCAGGUUACAGACAGUAGAUGGUGGGAUCUGGGUGUGUUAGCAGAGUCUGUCCGGAGGAAGGGAAACAAUCUGUAUGGAUUAUGGAGAAUAUCUCUCCACGGAGGUUAUUCCUCUGCAUAUUCACCAUCAGAUCCACACACUCCUCUCAGCCUGAAGGAGGAGCUCCAGAGGGUCAGAGUGAAUCUGGACUGGAACAGAGGAAAGUUGUCGUUCUCCGAUCCUGACACUAACACACACAUACACACCUUCACACACACUUUCACUGAGAAGAUGUUUCCAUACAUUUACACUGGGGGUGAAGUGAAGAUAUUACCACUGAAGGUGUGUGUGACAGUGGAUCAGAGCAUGUAGAGAUGAACAGGAUCAUUUUAUCUAUGGUGUUUAUCUCUUAAAGGGAUCAUUCCCUGACCUCUGAAGCACCUCCUGUCCUCCUGCCGUCUCUAUAUUCCAAACGUGUUUAUUUAUUUUUCACAAUUUAUUUUGUUGUUGUUGUUGAGUAUGAUAAUUUGCUUUUCAUAUAUAUUAUCAACUUUAAUUAAAUUAAUGCAUUGAGCUGCCCCUUUUAUCCAAGGGACCAACAUGUAACUGCAAGAAUCCUUCAUUUACAUCACAUGUGCUGAACUGCUACAUUUAGAGGACAUUGUAUAUUUAUAUAUAUCUUCACAUUUUAAAUGAUCUCAACAAGUUUCAGAUUGGUGAGUUAGUUUAACCUUUUUAUGUUUCAAGUUUGUCAAUUUAAACUGUUCAUUUUUUACUACUGCAUGAUGGGAUUUAAAAUAAAGAAAACAUUUAUCCAAGU